UCAGGAAUUGCCUGACCAUCUUGAGAAGUCCAGCAUAAACUAAUCCAUGAGGUUCAAUCAGGCUAAGUAAUUGGGGAUGUGUCAAUUCUGAAUUACAAUGAGCAGCAGGGAAGGAUUUGUCAGCUGACUAAUCAGGGAUAGUGGUUUUCUUAUAGUGCUGCCACGGUAGUAAUGGAAGCAGCUACAGCUAACGGUAGCUUUGUUUGAUAGAGAUUUUUGGCUGCCGCUUUUCAAUACUACCCAAGAAGCAGCUCAUAUUUCAUCAAUGCUUCAUUGACAAUUGGAAAAGAAGAGUGUUGUUGUGUAUAGACGAGAUGGCAGAAGCAACUCCCCCGAGAGGCAAGAUGAGGUUCAGAAGGAAUGCGGCUUCCUUCCCUGGGAACUUACACUUGAUAUUGGUUCUACGUCCAACCAGUUUUCUUCAACGAACUUUCACAGACAUUGGAUUUCGAUUUAGUCAGGAAGAUUUCAUGCUCAAACUACCGGUUGUUAUGCUGAGCUCAGUUAGUGAUUUGCUGACAUACAUUGAUGACAAGCAAUUAACCCCUGAGUUAGGCGGCACCUUGCAGUACUGCCACAGUGAAUGGAUCAUCUUCAGAAAUGCUAUAGAAAGUUUUGCGCUCACAGUGAAAGAUAUGGCUCAAGUGUUACAAUCCUUUGGAACCGAGCUAGCUGAGACAGACCUACCAGAAGAUAUUCCUUCAAUAGAAGAAAUUCUUACAAUUCGUGCUGAAAAGUAUCACCUGUUGAAGAAUGAUAUUACAGCUGUAACCAAAAAAGGAAAAAUUCUGCUAACAAAUCUGGAAGUGCCUGACCCUGAAGAAGCUAUCAGUUCAAGAUUUGACCAUCACGAGCAAAUAGGUGGUGACUGGCAAACUGUGAAUAAAUUGCUGACUCAAGUACAUGACAUGGAAAUUGCUUUUGAUGAAUUUUGGGAAAAACACCAACUAAAAAUGAAGCAGUAUCUGCAACUAUGGAAGUUUGAGCAGGAUUUUCAAGAGCUUUUGCGUGAAGUUGAACUUCUAUUAAAUCAACAAGCAGAGUUGGCAGAUAUCACAGGGACUAUAGCUCAUAUAAAACAAAUAAUAAAACAUUUGGAAAACUUAGAUGAAAAUCCUCAGGAUUUGUCAGCAAAGGUCCAGUUUGUGAUUUUACAUGGACACAGACUUGCUUCACAUCACCAUUAUGCACUUGAUUUGAUCUGCCACAGGUGCACCAAGCUACAUUAUCUUUGUAAUAUUUUGGGUAAUGAGACACAAAAUAAACGGAUACAGCUCAGCUGGACCUUUGAAAUGCAUAAACGUCUACAGCAGGUAGUGUCAUGUCUUCAGUGCUGUGAUGAAGGAGAAUGUCUUCUAGCUAAUCAGGAAAUAGAUAAAUUUCAGUCUAAAGAAAAUGCUCAGAAAGCUCUCCAAGAUAUUGAACAUUUUCUUAAAAUGGCUCUGCCCUUUAUAAACUUUGAUACUAAAACCCUACAAUAUGAAUUUGAUGUACUUUUAUCCCCUGAACUCAAGAUUCAAAUUCAGCCUGUACAACUCAAGCUUGAAAGCAUUCGAACUGUAUUUGAGAACCAACAAGUUGGUUUUAAAAACCUGAAAUAUGAGCAUGUGAGGCCAAUCCAGUUUGUGGUACCUGUUUCCAACAAAGCAAUCAUACCUAAAGCACCCUUUUUUGUUUCUCUCCCAGGGAAGAAGACUUGGAAACAAAAUAAGAGCAACUUAAAAGGAAAUAUAAUUAAUUAAUUCAAAAUUGAAGUGGUGCAUGAGUGUCUAGAGAAGAGUUCUGGUCCAUCCUCCAGUUUGAACAAUAACAAUACCUUGGAUGUGUUAAAGAACCAUGUCCUAAAUGAGUUGAUACAAACUGAGAAGAUUUAUGUUCGCGAGCUGUUUACUGUUUUGUUGGGCUAUAAAGCAGAGAUGGAUAAUCCAGAGAUGUUUGAUCUUAUGCCACCUCUCCUGAGAAAUAAAAAGGAUGUUCUCUUUGGAAAUAUGGCAGAAAUAUAUGAAUUCCAUAGCAACCUUUUCAUGAGCAGUCUGGAAAAUUGCAUGGAUGCUCCAGAAAGAGUCGGACUUUGUUUCCUGGAAAGGAAAACUGAUUUUCAGAUGUAUGCAAAAUAUUGUCAGAAUAAACCCAGAUCAGAGGCAAUUUGGAAGAAGUAUUCAGAAUGCGCCUUUUUCCAGGAAUGUCAGAGAAAAUUAAAACACAGACUUGGUCUGGAUUCCUAUUUACUCAAACCAGUACAAAGACUCACUAAAUAUCAGUUGCUGUUGAAGGAACUAUUAAAAUAUAGCAAAGACUGUGAAGGAUCUGAACAAUUAAAGGUGGCGCUUGACACAAUGCUGGAUUUACUGAAGUCAGUUAAUGACUCUAUGCAUCAGAUUGCAAUAAAUGGCUAUCUUGGAAACCUAAAUGAGCUGGGCAAGAUGAUAAUGCAGGGUGCAUUCAGUGUUUGGACUGGACACAAAAAAGGUGCAACAAAAAUGAAGGAUUUUGCUAGAUUCAAACCAAUGCAGCGGCACCUUUUCUUGUACGAAAAAGCCAUUGUUUUUUGUAAAAGACGUGUUGAAAGUGGAGAAGGCUCUGGUAGAUACCCGUCAUACAGUUUUAAGCGCUCUUUAAAGAUGGAUGAAGUUGGAAUCACUGAAUAUGUGAAAGGAGAUAAACGCAAGUUUGAAAUCUGGUAUGCUGGGAAAGAAGAAAUUUAUAUUGUCCAGGCUUCAAAUAUGGAUGUGAAGAUGAUAUGGCUAAAAGAGAUAAGAAAUAUUUUAUUGAAGCAACAAGAACUUCUGACAGUUAAAGAACAACAGCAGCGUAAUCAGUUAACUGAACAGGACCAGCUUUCGUCUCAACAGAAUGAUGAAAGGCAACAGCAAGCUUUUGCAGUCCCCAAUAUAACUAAACCAGAGCACACCAGCACUGUGGUAGGGGUCCAGGAGGCAACCUCAACAGUUCAGGAGGGAGCAAAUACAGUUUGGACUGAAGAAAUCUCUGAAGGCCGUGAGCCAUGGUUAAACAACUAUUUCUCUUCUUCCUAUGUUGACGAUGGAGAAGAAAAAACCCUACUGGCUGGUGAAAAGUCUAAACAGAAGAAAAGAAGACCUGAUUCCGGGGAGCAGUCUGAAGAUUUAAAUCGGUGACUAGGUUUUGGAAUGCCAAAGUUACAGAUAAACAGCACAAGAGUCAGAAUGAUCUUAUGCUGCCCAUGAUAUUUACAGAAUUUCCUCAGGACUGAGGUGGACUUGGUCAUUCAUAGUUUGUUUGUCUCAUUCAGGCAAGAAGUAUCUUCAUACUUUCCAUUCUCCACAGGUGAAAAGUGCAGUGUUACUUUGUUUCCAAGUAUGGUUUUUUCAUGGCAUGCAUUCAGAUUCCACCUAAAAAAAACAACCCUGCAAAUCAAUUAUUUUGAACAUUUACUGGUAAAAGCCUUACCUGUAAUUUUGUUUGUAACUUUUCAGGAACAAACAGAAAUCCAAAGAGGAGGAGAGAUGAUCAGAGAUUUUCACCUACUUCGUUGACUAAUAGUUUUAGUAUUUAAUUUUGUUAUCUAUGCUACUAUAAUAUACCAAAGGGAUAUGUUCUGAAGGACCUCUUUUGCACUUUGACUGGUAUUGAGGGUUUCUAGAGUUGUCUUAUAGUUUUAAAAAGAUCCAAAGCUAAAAAUCCUAUGGUUAGAAUGUGUUAAAGUUUACAUUUUAUGCAUUGCAAUUUAGACACUCAUUUAACAGCUUUAAGUUAAAUAUUCAUAUAUGUACACCAGGUGUUCCUGUAACAAAGUUCUACUUUCCAGUGUCUUUACUUGCUUUUGAAUUUUCUGGAAAAAAUCUGUUCUAGUAAAAUUUUUCUUUAGUUAUAUUUUGUCUUAGGAUUUUUUGAAAAUGAUACAUGUAUAGUUGUCUUUCUUUUACAUAUGUAAUCAGUGUGAUGACUUGUUUUAAAGCACAGGGCUAGUUUUUGCAUGCAAUGUUGAAUUUAUGCUUGGAAUAUUUUAUGACAAGGACCAAGAAGACAAUGGUUUGAAAUUGCUGCCUUUUGAAUCAUGGAUUGUAUGUUUUACUAUCAAGUUGGCAUAUUUUUUGAUGAAAACAAGGUGCACGUUUUUUUGAUGAAAUGUGUUACAAUAACCAAAUUCAAUAACUAUAUAAUACAUAAGUACUUGAUCUUUUAAAUAGGCUUGUGUGUUAUAUCAAGAUUAUAGUUUAUGCCAGUAGUAUCAUUUGAUGUAACAAUUUCUAUAACAAACCAGUUGUAUUUUAUUCAAAGGUACCUGAAAAUUAUAAAUCUUUUACUGUAUACUUGCUGGAGUUUAUGAUGGUUGAUUUAUAACUCACUCAUGAAAAUUGCCAUAUACUGGACAUUUCACUCAAUGCUUCUGAAAAAUAACAACAAAAUGAAAUUAAAAUCUAUUUCUUCUGUGUACUGAUCCUGUGGUUAAAAAACAGAAUUAGCAAAUAAAGUUUUUGAAU